GGUUUCAAAUUUCAUCAAAACAACAGAAGUGUCAAUUGGAUUCUUCAGAAUGAAAAUCGUUAUAAUUGGACUUCUAGUCACAAUUUUCGCAAUACACGAAAGUCAGCAAACGUAUGCUGAGUACGCUGAGUAUAUAGACUACUUAGAUCAAAUACAUCAAAUAAAAACAAAGCCGAUAGAAGACUUUACGACGCUAAGUAAAAAGUUUGAUGACCUGGAAAAAAAGUUUGAGGAUCUACGCAAAACAGUUACGGCAGUAAAAACCGCGGAAUUGCCGAAAUUUGUUAAAAUUGGAUCAAAAUACUACUAUAUUGAUCACGCAGAAGAGGUAAAUUGGUUUGUCGCAGUUGAUAAGUGUCGUGCAAUGGAUGCAAAUCUGGCCGGUCUGCAAAGUAUGGAAGAGUUAAAAGCAGUCAGCGACAAGUUAACCGAAAGAGACUACUGGCUAGACAUCAAUGAUCUUGGCAAGAAGGGUGUCUACCAAACGUUAUCUUCUGGUCAGAAUGCAGGCUUUUUGAAUUGGCAUGACGGGGAACCCAACAACGGAAGUGGAAACGAACGUUGCGUUGUACUUCGAAAAAUAAGAUCAAAAUAUGCAAUGAAUGAUGAAAAGUGUGAAAUCAAACAUCACUUUAUCUGUCAGAAGAAUCAACUAGAGUAAAAUGUUGUAAUACAAUUGAAAAUUAUGUUAAAUAUAUAAUUUUUG